CCGAGCACGUGGUCGCGUCGGGUGGUCGCCGCUUUCGUUCCGGCCUCGCGCAUGCGCGCAGCCCCCUGCGGUGCGGCUCUCGGGAGCCCCGAGCGGCGCCGGUGACGUCGUGGGGGCGGCGGCCAAUCGGAGGCGCGGGGCGGGGCGGCGCGGCGGACUCGGCGGCGGUUCCGCUCCCGGUCCCGGUGCGGCCAUGGCCCAACAUGGCGGCCCCGCGGUGCUGCCGGAUAACCCCUUCCAGGACCCCGCCGUGGUGCAGCACCGGCCCGGCCCCGACAGCGCGGCGCUGGACGCCUAUAAUCCCUUCGAGAGCAGCGCGCCGCCGCCGCCGUACCGCGCUCCGCCCGAAACUGCGCCUCAGCCGCCGCCGGGAACCGCGCAGCCCCCGAGGAGACCGAGCCCAACCGAGCCGCGGAACUACGGCUCCUACGGGACGCAGGCCUCGGCUGCGGCAGCCACGGCCGAGCUGCUGAAACGGCAGGAGGAACUGAACCGGAAGGCGGAGGAAUUGGACCGGAGGGAGCGGGAGCUGCAGAACGCGGCCCUGGGGGGCGGCGCCGCCCGAGCCAACAAUUGGCCCCCCCUGCCCUCCUGCUGCCCGGUGAAGCCGUGUUUCUAUCAGGACAUCCCCGUGGAGAUCCCUGCUGACUUCCAGAAGACUGCCAUGUAUUACCUCUGGAUGGCCAGCACCGUCGCUCUGCUCCUCAACUUCUUGUCCUCGCUGGCCUGGUUCUGCGUGGAUCCCUCCUCAGGUUCUGGUUUCGGUCUCUCCAUCCUCUGGGCUCUGCUUUACACGCCCUGCCUCCUUUCUGCUUGGUACCGGCCCAUGUACAAAGCGUUCAGGAGCGACAGCUCAUUCAAUUUCUUUGUCUUCUUCUUCGUCUUCUUUGCCCAGAACGUGAUGUACGUCCUGCAGGCAAUCGGGAUCCCAAACUGGGGCUUCAGCGGUUGGAUCGUGAGUCUGAUGGCGGUGAGGGUGAACAGAGGCGUGGCGGUGAUGAUGAUCCUGGUGUCUUUGCUGUUCACAGCGCAGGCAACGUUGGGUAUUGUCAUGUUGAAAAGGAUCCACUCUCUGUACCGCCGGACGGGCGCCAGCUUCCAGAAGGCCCAGGAGGAAUUCGCCGCCGGGGUUUUUUCCAACCAAGCCGUGCGCACGGCCGCAGCCAACGCCGCUGCAGGCGCCGCCACCAGCGCCUUCAGAGCGCCGUAAGCCAGGCGCUGCCGUGGCUUCUGCCCUCAGCGGGGCGAAAUCCGAGUUUGCACUUUCGUUGGACCCCCCCCUCCUCCUUCCAUCCCCCCCCUCCUCCU